AUGCAACAAGCAAAUCAGGACUACGCGAAGUUCUCUGCGAAUACCAUGCAAAUGAGGAACAAUCAAUAUGGACUUUCGGAGGCCAGCUUCAUGGCAUUGUUCUUGGUGGCUUCGAAGGGCAGGGGUGUGUGGCAGAUGGGCAAAUCACCAUCACAAGACUAG